AUGGCCAAGAGCAAGAAGACGACCAAGAGCAAGGCCGUAAAGCGCAAGGCGCCGCCGCCACCGCCCGUCGCGGUGCACUAUGACGACGACAGCAUCAACACGCUCUUCGAGGCCAUGAGCGUCGUCGCCGUCCGCUGCGACGACGACGAGCGCUUCUACGUGGCCGAGCUCCUCGACGACACGACCGAGGAGAUGCUCGACGACGACAGCGCGACCGUCAACGUCCUCUACUACAACAAGCAGCCUGACGGCUCGUACGUCGUCGGUGCCUACGACGUGGCGCCG